AUGUAUUUUAAUUUGCAAUUUUCAUAUCAUCAGAUGAGUGGUGGAAUGGCAUCAACAUCGUCUUCGUCCUCAUUUUCGUAUGGUUCUUCUGCCCCCUAUGGGGUUUCAGCCUCUGCAGAGGGCCAACAGAUGAACCUCAUAAAAUCCUUUGAUUGCUCUUCAAUGCCUGUACGCUGUGCAAAGUUCAUUUCACGCAAAAAUUGGAUCAUCGCAGGCUCGGAUGAUUUCCACAUUCGGGUGUUUGCUCUUCAUACACACGAAUGCAUUGCUGAUUUAGAGGCACAUUCAGACUACCUUCGGGGCCUUGCUGUGCAUCCAACCAAGUCUAUUGUUCUUUCUUGCUCUGAUGAUCUUUCCAUCAAAAUGUGGGAUUGGGACGCCAAUUGGAGCUGCGUAAAGGUUUGGAACCUUUCUUCCUCGCUCCCAAAUUAUACUCUUGAUGGACAUGAUAAAGGGGUGUGCGCAAUUGAGUUUUCCCAGUCUUCUGAUAAACCUUUUCUGAUUUCCGGUGGAGAUGACCAACUUGUGAAGGUGUGGGAUUAUCAAAAUAAGAUCUGUGUUCAUACCCUGAAGGGGCACUCUAACAACGUCACGGGUGUCAUAUUUCAUGGCAGCCUUCCAUUGUUUCUAACAGCCUCGGAGGAUGAAACUCUGAUGGUUUGGAGCGCAAAUUCAUUUAAGCUCAUCCAGACAAUAAAAUUAAAGCUGGAAAGGCUUUGGGGAUUAUCCAUAAUUCCAGGGACUAGUCUUAUCGGAGUCGCUGCUGAUUUGGGAUCUUCCAUUGGCAGAGAUACGCCUCCAGUGUCUAUGGAUGCCACCGGGAAAGUAAUCUGGGCAAAAGGAAAUUCAGUCAAAAUUGCAAGUGUCUCCGGGGUCCUUACUGGUGUGCCAUCUGGGGAGAUAGGUUUGAACAAAAGGAAUUCUAACAUUUCCACUUUAGAUGGGCAAAAGGUUGCUCUUAGCGGGAAGGAUUUUGGCCAGUGCGAUCUUUAUCCCACAUCGCUGGAAUACUGCCCUAGUGGAAGUUAUGCCACUCUGAGCGCAUCUGGAAUCAACAUUUUCAAGCAAUUUGAACCCUCUUUGUCGAUCAACAGCUCAUAUUCUGCUUUGUUUGGAGGCGUCUUGGUUGGGGCAUAUGCUGCUAGAGAAUCUGUUCUUGAUUUUUACUUGUGGGACUCAUCUCGACUUGUAUUUUGGUCAGAAUCUGGGGAUCAAGUGGCCAUUGCGACUGUUCAAGACGGAUUUUUUAUUUUGAAAUAUAAUGCAGACAUCGUAUGUGCUUACAUUGAGCAGGGCAUUGAAGUACCUGCCGAUGGGAUUUCAGAUGCUUUUGAGGUCUCGUUUGAGUGUGUAGAACAGUUUGCUUCCAUUUAUUUAUCAACGAUAGGAUAUCUUCCGGACUAUGGCUUGGGUCUGCAUUUGUUUUUUGAAGGUGGCGUGGUUUGCACUAUUGCCCAUCUGCCUUCUUCGUAUAUUCUUUUACGAUAUUUAGCAAAGCAAGAGAGAAUCUUUUUUGCAGAUAAGGAUUGCAAUAUUUACUCGUACUUUCUCUCGUUAUCUGUUGUGGAAAUCCUGCGCCUUGUAAGCGCAGGCGCCAUUGAGGAAGCUAGGCUUUAUUAUGAGAAAGUCCCAAAAAUCUCAAAAGAAUUUGUGUCCACUUUCCUUGAAACGAAGGGGUAUCUUGAAGAUGCCCUAGAAUUUACUGCCGACCAAAUGAAAAGAUUUUCGCUGUCACUUGCCACUAGCAAUCCAGCUCAAGCUUUGAAAAUCGCAGAAGAGUCUUCUGGUACAUCCUCUGGGAAGCUCAUGUGGCAGAAUAUUAGUACCUAUGCAUUGAGUACAUGGGACCCUGCUUUGGCAAUGAGGGCAAUCGACAAAUCAGGCGAUCUCUCCGAUGCUUUUGUUAUGAAAAGAAUUUUUGGUCUCCAAAUUGAUGUUGAAAAUUUGCCUAUUGAAAACAAUUUCUAUUCGUUCCUAAUUUCGUUCCUAAACCUGUCACCUAAAGCAGCCUUUGAUGCACUGAUAGCAAGCAAAAAAUACCCAGAAGCUGCGCUUUUUGCUAGGGCAUGGCUCGAUCCCGAAUCGCUGCAAUAUGCCAUUGGGUUAUGGAAGGCGCAUAUUAAAGAGACAUAUGCUUCGUGGAAUGAUUUUUCGGAGACCAUAAUGGAUAUGCAUUCAGCUCCAGAUUCCUUUUCUUUUCUCUCGGAAAAUAUUUCUGACAAAAGAGAUACUGGAAAAAUGGCUUUUAACGCGGCAGAGAAAAAAGAACAUCUUGCAAAAGAGGCCGAUGAGAUUGAUCAAAAUUUUGGCGAUAAAUUUGAUGAGGGUUUUGGUGACGAAUUUAAUCUGCUUGAUACAAUGAAAAAUGUCCAUAUAUCUGAUCGCGACAAACACCAAGGCCCGGUUACAUUGCCUACACAGAGCCCUCUUCAAGAUAUUUCCUUUGAUGACGAUGAUCUCUUUUUAGAGCCUUCUUGUAUCAUCCAGAAAGAUUUGUCAUCAAUGGCUGACUCUUCAUCUUUUAUAGAAAAUGAAGAUAUAUUAGACUCUUUCAGUGUGCUAGACGAACCACAGCCUAUGACGCCAUUAUAUAUUGAGAAAGAAGAGCAAGAGAAAGAGCAAGAACAAGAGCAAAAGCAAGAACAAGAGCAAAAGCAAGAGCAAGAGCAAGAAAAAGGAAAACACGAAGAUCAAUGGGAUUUAAGUGACCAGUCUUCCAUUAAACAAGAUCUUGAAGAUGUCAGCUUCGAUAAAGAAAUAGCCUCGUUUUCCCCAUCAGCUCACGAUCAAGGCCAAAGUCAUUUUAUAAACUCUCCUGCUUUUGAGCCAGAGGAAGAAAAGAUCUCGAUUGAAUCCACUGAGGGGUUUGAUAAUUUUGAGCCCUUUAAUCGAAAAGAACAUAAAGGUGCUUACAUUGGAUUUCCGAUUGAUCAAAAAGAAAGCAUUCCAGAUGUUGAGGAGGAAUGGAAUUUGAGUACGCCGGAACAAUUUGAUGAUGUUGGCGAUUUUAAGUAUAAAAAAAAGUCUGUAACUUGGUCUUCAGAACUACCGCACAUGUCUUUUUCGUCAAUCGGAAAUCCAA